ACUACGCUGGUAACACGGACACUGGUUUGACUCUGCUAAGUGCUAAGGGUUUUCCCUUAAAUACCUGGCUCCUCGGCGAGCCAGGAAGAAAAAGGAAACAGGAAGAAUCAUCAAUCGAGAAAGAAAAUAGAGCAGAAGGAAACGACGAGAAGAAUGUCUUGUGCUGUUGCUGUGGCCAGCUCUCCUGUGUUCUCGCCCUCUAGGGUUACUCUUUUCUGCAAGAACCAAGCUUCGUCACCUGAAGCCUUAAAUCUGAGCUUGAAUCACCAUGGACUAUCGUCAUCGUCAUCUGGCUCUCCUUCUUCGUCGUCAUCUCCGUCAUCGCCUUUCACACUUCGGUUUCAGAAACCACUUAGUGGUUUGAGGGCUUGUAAGGAGGGUCUUAUUAGUGUUGAUUCGGUUCCCUCUUCUUCUGCUUCUCUUUUGAAACGGAAGAGACCGGCCAAGCUCGAUAUUCCAGUUUCUUCGUUGAGUUUCUCUGCGGCAACGGCAACGCCGGCUGCGCCCGUGGAUGACAGAAAGGAAAUUGAGGCUGAAAGAGAUGGGUUUUCCGUUUAUUGCAAGAAAGGGCGGAGAGCAGCCAUGGAGGACAGGUAUUCAGCGGUCGUUAAUCUUCAAGGAGAUGCCAAGCAGGCUUUCUUUGGUGUUUUUGAUGGACAUGGAGGUACAAAAGCAGCUGUAUUUGCAGCAGAAAAUAUUGAUAAGAACAUUACAGAUGAAUUGAUGAAGAGGGGAGAAGACAAAAUUGAGGACGCAGUGAAACAUGGGUACCUGACCACGGACUCUGAAUUUCUGAAAGAGGAUGUCCACGGUGGGGCUUGUUGCGUGACGGCUUUCAUCAGGAAAGGCGAUCUGGUUGUGUCUAACGCCGGAGACUGUCGUGCUGUUAUGAGCAGAGGAGGAAUUGCACAAGCCCUCACAUGCGACCACCGACCUAACAGGGAAGAUGAAAUGGACAGGAUUGAAUCCCUGGGUGGUUAUGUAGAUUGCUGCCAUGGUGUUUGGAGAUUACAGGGUUCCUUGGCUGUAUCAAGAGGAAUCGGAGAUCGACACCUCAAACAAUGGGUCACAGCAGAGCCAGAAACUAAAAUUCUAAAAAUCAGACCCGAAUGCGAGUUCUUAAUUCUAGCCUCCGAUGGGCUAUGGGAUAAGGUUAGUAAUCAGGAAGCUGUAGAUGUCAUUCGUCCAUCGUGCAUAGGCACUGAUAAGCCAGAGCUUCUGUCUGCAUGUAGAAAGCUUGCAGAGUUGUCUGUUAGAAGAGGAUCCACUGAUGAUAUUAGUGUGAUGGUCAUUCCAUUGGGGCGUUUUAUUUGACGGAUUCAUUGUCAGGGAAGAGGAAGGGAAAACUUACCAAACAAUUAGGUUUUUACAAACCUACACUGCAAGUUUUUUUUUUUUAGAAUGAACUUGCAGCGGUAGAUUGUACCAGUAUGGAGAAGAAAUUAACAGGCUCCAAUUGAUCUGA